GACAAUUGACCCGUUCACGUCUAACACUAUUUGCGAAAAGGGUCUGCGAUCCGAAUAAUAGUCCCGCUCGAGCCUCCGGCUUUAGAUAUUGUAUACGCAUGCAUAAUCGAGAACGAGAAUCGGACGUCGACACGGAAUUGUGGGGUGGGGUGGGGGGGAUUGUCGUGACGAUAAAACUACACGGCGCUCUCUCUCUGCUAACCAGUACACAUUGAGACGUCGAGAGAGUAACUUGCUGCGACAUGUAAAAUUGGUUCGCACGGAAGCAAUAACGAAGAAAAAUUGUUAAUAAUCUAUUAACAAACAUCCCCACCAAUCACGAAGAACGUCGAGACACCCUCUGUAGGGUAUUUCAGUCAACGCAACGCGUGUGCGUUCUCGUCAACGUUUUCUCGUUUCUUCCAUUUCAAAGUUAUCGACUCUUCGCUACGAAAUCCGACUUCUGUAAUCACGAAGUAACAUUUGAAAUUUCAUCGUCGUCGUGUAAAGUGCUCGUUUUUCGCAGCUGUAUGGAGAUACGAAUCGAAUAACAGUGGAAGAAAAUGGAUUGAAGGACUAUCGACUACAGAACUCUCGCGUGCAACUUUUGCUCGUACGUACUGCGUGAAGUGGCUUCGAUUUCUAUGGUGUGAAAGCAGCGUUAUUCGAAAGCAUCUAUUCGUGGCAUCUGUAAACGGUCGCGGGAUCAAUUGAACGAAAGGGGUAACAGUAAAAGCUCUACACGUGUGAAAGUGAUCCGAUCUGUAUCCGUGUUUGAUAUUAUCGUCGAAUAGGAUAUUAGAGGACACGCCUAGACGACGCGUCGAGCUCGUAAGCGUCGAUUGAGGUUAGCUCGCGUCCAAAAGAUAAUCGCAAUUUAAGUGCGUACGUUGGUGCGUAGCGGAGUGACGAUUUUAUUUGUACACAUUGUACGUACUUGCGUGCGUAUUCCGGUGUCAGCCCGAAGGGAAGAAUAAUGUCAAGCAGUGUUUGCCACGCGCCCCUUCCAGCACGAAUGGAAGCGUUCACCACGCGGCUCUGUCUUCGUGCUGCUGACCAAUAUGAGCGGCUUCUGCAAGCUCGCUUCAACAAGAUUUCUUUGGUUCCAGCCAUCGAAGAAAGAGCAAACGCAUGUGAACCAUAACUCCAACCAGAAAGAUCAUCGAAGGCAGAAGGAUGCUUCGUCGAGCAGUACUUACAGCGCUUUUCGUCAAUGGCGAAGGAGCACCUCUAUGGGCUCGAAUCGGUCCAACAGCGUUGGAUCCAGCUCGACCAGGGCUCUCGCCAAGAUUCCCAAUGAUCCAGCGACGAUUCAGAAGAUGGAACAAUUCCCUAUGGUUCUCUCCGAUGCCACCACGCCUGAAGAGGACCUCUCGUUGAAGUUUCUGGCACUGAACGCUUUAGAUCUAACGGCACCAGCCAGUGACGUUCUGUUGAAGAAUAGAUUGAAGUCCUGGUUCCAGUUAUCCGGCCACCCGGAUGGCUUCGCGCCAGCCGGACCCGGCACAGUUUGGAAAAGAAAAACAGGAGGAUCAGAGAAUACAGAGAGGAUCGUUUACGAGGCGCUCAGCAAAGACAAAGAAUUGCGAGAUUGCAUACCGAGAUACUACCGAGAAGUAGAGUACAAAGGCGACACGUUCAUCGAGCUGCAGGAUCUGCUUUUCGGGUUCAACGAUCCUCACGUAAUGGACAUCAAGAUGGGGACGAGGACGUUCCUCGAGUCCGAGGUGUCGAAGACGACCGCGAGACCGGAUCUCUAUCAGAAGAUGAUCGCCGUCGAUCCCAACGCCCCAACGAAGCAAGAACACGAGCAACGCGCCGUGACCAAAUUACGGUACAUGCAGUUCCGUGAGCAACAGAGCUCGACUCGUAGCCACGGAUUUCGAAUCGAGGCUAUGAAAUUACCCGGAGCGCCGCCGAUCACCGAUCUGAAGAAAGUGAAGUCCCACCAGGAAGUCCUCGAUACCAUGAAGCUAUUCCUAGGAACUCGCGAGGCAACGCGCGAGAAGCUGCUCGUACGACUGAAGAAUCUUCGCUCGAAAAUCGAAGCGUCCGAGUACUUCAAGACUCACGAAAUAAUUGGUAGUAGUGUCUUCAUGAUCUAUGAUGACGACAAAGUUGGCGCGUGGUUGAUCGACUUCACUAAGACGCAAGAAUUACCGAAUGGACAAAGAGUGACACAUAGAAAGCCGUGGGAACAAGGCAACCAUGAAGAAGGAUUUCUAUUUGGUCUUGAUAUUCUGAUUUCGACAAUAGAAGAAGCUGCCAUUUCGAAGGCAGCGUAGCCUUUGUCGAUUAUAAAUAAUCCUUCCCUGGCCUCAUCGUAAUAACUUCUAAAGUCAUACAUCUUUAUUUAUAUUUUUAAAUUAGUGAAGGAAUAUUCGAUUUUCGCUUAAAAAAGUACCUUUAUUCAUUUUACAAACAGUUGUUUUUUUAAACACGAUUUUUAGUGUACCUAAGACUUUGUAAUACUGACAAUUUCAUCGACGCUGUAUCAUCGAGUCAAUGCUUUUCAAAUAUCUAUGCCUUUUUCAUUUUCCUCGUGAAUUCAAAGUAAGAGACUGUAAUUGAUAUACAAAUUAUUUAAAAUACUUUGAAAUAACUUGAUACGAUUUGACGAACACACUGACAUAUAAGGUAUUCAAAGCAGAAGACUGCUUAUUACUGCAUUUUUUUCUAUAAACUUUUUUAAUUGAGAGAAUCCCAUAAACGAUACUCCGCAACAUAUUUAGUAUGUGUAAAAAGUUUAUUAUUAAUGUACAAAUAUAGUUAAUUGAAUGUAACCGUUUAAGAAUUAUUUAUGAAGAACAAUUAGAUUAUAAGAUGUACGCGUUUUUUUUAAACGAAAUACUCGCUCAGAAAUAAUUGAUUUAAAAGUUAAACAUUCGUAUCUUUAUAUUAAAUUAUUUUCUUCUGUAACUGCCAUAAAUUAAAUCCUGAAGAAAAGUA